AUGACCGAAUCGGGACAAGACGAGCUAGCGCUCGACCCGUCACAAGCAGACGGCAGCUCCUCGCGCCCACACGGGCGGCUCUCAGCCCCUUUUCAGCCUUCCGCUCGCAUAUCUCAAAACAUGGCGAAUUUGGGCAGGAGAGACAAGGGAACCAGCGUAGUCCCUCCCGUCCCAGUAGACGACGACGACGAAAUAGGCAUAUUCCUUUCCUCUUCCUCUUCGUCCACGCCUGCACCACCGAAAGCCUCAGCGCGCCCCCACGCCUCGAGGGCAAAGCAGCCGCGACGAUCUGCUGGGCAACCACUACAGCCCCCGUCGCUGGGCUCUCAGAACCCGCCCCAGCCACAGAGUCUCAGGACCCCCGUCAAACAAUCAAAUACACGUGUACAGUACCCUCAAGACCCUUCCCGCCACGUUCUCGCGAUCAAACAGCAAACAGCACCGCCCGCUCUGACCCCUGCGAGAGCCUUCUCUCCCCUCACUGUAGCGUCCCCGUCACCAUCUCCAUUUUCACUUCCCCCUCAGACAUCGACGCCCAUCGCUCAGCUGACCCCCGUCAAUACGCACCUCACAAAUACUAUAGGUACGAAGCGUAAGCCAACCGCUCUCCCAAUUACGACCCCGUACCGUAAGCGCGCGAUGACGCCGUUGAGCGUCACAAAGACCGCUGGAGAGGGCAGUUUUGAUCGACUUGCGCCUCUUCCCGCCCCGAAGUUUCGUUCCGCCCACUCACGUCUAGAGACCGAUGGGUUCCUAAAAGGUGGGCAAGAGACGAUGGGGCAGUUGAAAAUAGAGGAGCCUCUGGGGACGCUCGAAGACGAGUUGAUAUUCAACACUCAGGUUCAGGUAGAACAAGAAGAGGCGGUAGAUGUUUCCCCAGGAGGCCACGUUACGAAGCGGAGAGCGCGAAGUAGACCGGUAAGCUGGGAACUGAUGGAUGACAUGGGCCGCAACGUGCAUAAGUCCCCAAAGAAACGGCAUCCGUCGAACCCUACCAGCAUACUUUCAACUAUCACCUUCCCCAGUGCUCGUUCUAGGACGCCUUCAUCCUCGUCUUCCUCCUCAACCUCGCCAAUUCCGCGCCAGCGGACCAUGAAUUCUAGCAAUGUCUCCACGACCACAAGGCGCGGCCGUGCCCAAAGCAACUCACUCAGUCGGCAGCGCACGGUCUCGAUCUCUCAGUCCCGUGAGGGACCGCGGACAAUUCCUCGGCGACUGGAAAGCUCAGGAAGUGCUACAUUGUUUUUUGGGCCGCCGAUUCCCCGCACGGACACCCCUCCGAUGAACGCGCGCACAACGUACCUGCAUUCUCCGCCAUCUACCUCUGGUUGUCCACAGCCGCUUUUUGGAAGGCCACAGUCUGCCACUCGUCAUAGCUACGCGGGAUCCUCCUUCACAUCCGGACACGGAAGCUGGGCGACUCCCAUGGGCAGCUCAUCUCCAUUGUCGAUCCACAAGGGAACUGAUGAUGACAUGGGUGAGAUUACGGACGAGGACUUCCACCCUAUGGUCCUUGACAAUGGACCUGACGAGGGCGACGAAGAAGAUCUAUUCUUUGGCAGUAGCAGUUUCAAAAGGCGUUCGAAGGGCGAUGAGGGCAACAAUAGCUUCGACGACAGCUUUGGAUGGGGGAGUGCUCCGGAAACGUCAUUUGCAAUCAGCAUUAUAGCCAGCACGCCGUCGCCGCGUAGCAAGAAUAUGUUCGGGGGCGUGCCGUCGGUACCAAAAUUGGAAAAGAAAUACAAACCUCGCGACUCUGGUAUCGUUAUGUCAGAAGAUGAAGACAGUGGACUUUCGGCACUCCGGAAGAAUAGGGGUAGAGGCUUCGGACGCUCGGGUUCGAUGCUGGAGGCAGUCAUGCCCAGCGCCUCCACGAGUGUCAGCACCAUCGCUAGCUCCGAUCAAGAACUCAUCACGCCUGGCUUCUUUCCGUCCGCGCAGUCAGGUUGGCCGCUUGGACCGCCGGGGAUCGUAAGCUCGUCCGAUUCCGAGGGUGCGAUGUCUCUCGCAGGCAUGCGGGUCGAGUCGGAUGUGGAUGCAUUCAUCGUUCGCACUUUAUUGCAAGCGCAACAGACGGAGCAGCCGUUGAAGCGCCCGCCCGGAACUCCGCAGAAGCGAGUGAAGACCGCGGGUGGGUUCGGGUUCGGACAACGUCCGUGGCAGAGCGCCGUGGCGAGUAAAGUGGGGUUUGAUUUCGGGGACGACGAAGGCACGAAGCGCAAGGAGGUAAAGAAGGGCAAGCCGAGGAAGAGCUUGCCGGCGGCAUUCCCGAUUCUUGGGACUUCGAGGAAAAGCAAAAAGGGAAAGGUUGAGGAGAGUACGGAUGAGGAAGAUGGGAGUCCAAGUACGAAGUACGAGGGCCUCGGGCUCGGCCGUCCCAGUGUGGGUAAGGCGGGGGUUGGGAGUUGGUUGUUGCGCAGGAGCAGUAGUGGUGCUAUUUCUGUGGUGAGUGCCGGGAGCGCGAGCGGUGAAGGCAGCUUGCCUGGUACACCGACCGCUGGCAAAGGCUCUGGCUGGGAACUUCCUCCACCUCGCAUCCCCCGCCUUUCCCCAUCGAAACCGACCAUAUCGAGCCACCUUUCGCCGCAUCGGACUGCGUCUAAUUCGUCUUCGUCAACAGCGACGUCAUUCCCGAACUCGCCAACUUUACAAGGCGCCAUUGAGCACUUACCACAUCAGACAACCCAUCGACGUGGCAAGAGCGAGAUGGUUCCGCAAGUGUCUCCGUUCAAACUACCCCGCCUGCCGCAGCAGGGUCACGCUGCACAUGCGCCCUCCACACUGCGCCCCCGCCCCUCGCUUGGAUUCCUGGGCUUUGGCGCCUCCAAGGUAUCGGAGAACGAAAAGCCGGGUAAGUUCGAGCGGGAGUUCGUCGAAGUCGGGGAAGUGGGCAGCGGACAGUUUGGCAAGGUGCUCAAGGUGCGGCAUAAAGAGCGCGGGAGCGAGGUCUGGGCCGUGAAAAAGUCGAAACGGUUCGAAGGAGUCAAGCACCGCCUCCGCUUGCGAGAGGAGGUCGACAUCCUGCAGCACCUCUCGCGCGCGUCUCCUCCGGCUACGCGUGGAGGCAUUCGUCGACACCCGAACAUCCUUGCGUACGUUGACAGCUGGGAACAAGACGAGGCGUUAUUUAUUCAGACCGAGCUCUGCGAGUUGGGCAAUUUUGCGCAUUUCCUAUGGGAGUACGGUCGGGCAUUCCCCAAACUGGAGGAGGCGCGUGUGUGGAAGAUCCUCGCGGACCUUAGCAAUGGUCUACGCUUUAUUCACGACGCAGGCGUCAUCCACCUCGACCUGAAGCCUGCAAACAUCUUCGUCACAGGUGAAGGCCGUUUCAAGAUUGGUGACUUUGGUAUGGCUUCGCUCUGGCCGCGCCCGAAUUUAGCGACCACGCCUGUGGCUGGGGACAUUCACGCUCAGAUGGUGCGCGCAACCGGGUUCGAGAGGGAGGGUGACAAGGUGUACCUCGCGCCUGAGGUGUUACAGGGACGAUACAGUAAGGCGGCGGACAUGUUUAGCUUUGGGAUGACCAUGCUCGAGACCGCAUCCAACAUCGUGGUGCCUGAUCAGGGCGAACCGUGGCAGCGGCUGAGGCAGGAGGAUUUUGCGCAAGUAGAGAUGGAUGAUAGCGGGGUGCUGUUCGAACUGAUCCGGAGUAUGAUGCGCACGGACCCUGCGCUACGAGUGGACGUGGGCACCGUGUGGGCGCAUCCGGUCGUCGCAAGAACGAGGGCGGCCAUGGAUCGGAUGCGGACGCGGGCACUGAGGGCGCGCGAGCCUGUGUUUGCGGCAUCGCCGCUCGGCCCCGUUCCAGACGGGUUCUUGGAGGAGAUCUUGGGCGACGCGGGACGGGUGGGCAUGGGUGUGCUGGAGGAAGCAAUGGACAUCUCGCCGUAGAUGUCCAUCGAGGAACAUGUGUGUAUGUAUGGGAGUCGGGAACGGUUUGGAUUUCCUGUUUUUCUUUUUUUUUUUCUAUGACCUUUUCUUUUCUUUUCUGCCUCCCCUCGAUAUUGCCAUCUCUUUUUUGAUUUUUUUUCGCCUCGUCUCGUUCUGUUUAUGGGUACACACCCCACCACCACACUGCUAUACGAUAUGUUAUGAUUCACCGAAAUUUAUGGACCCGCCAAUGCGCA